CUUCCGGAUUACUUGACUCUCAAGUCUCCAGGCUCAGCUCGGACCUUCCAUCGAAAUGGCUGCGUUCUUGCGAGCUCGUAAAUAUGUUCGUUGUGUGGUCCGUUUCUCCGACCGUGACCUGUAAACGCCUUGCCGAACGUUGGUGAAGACACGUGCUUACUAAAAGGACUUUCUUGGACAAGUUGUUAUGGCUGAAGAAAAUGUGGAUGUUGGUGGCACGCUGGAGGAGGAAGAUGAGGGUUCUGACGACCCAAAUCUUGAGUUGCAGCUCAAUGCUUUCCGAGCUAAGUGGAUGUCCGAACUCAAACCAAGCUGCGACACGAGGCUGCUGCGAGCCUCAAGUCAGAGGAGGGCGCAAGAAAUUGCUCGGGAGGAAGAGGCUGCAGAGCUGUACUUGAGAGCUGUUCAGGAAGAGCAGAAUGGAGCGUUCUAUGAAGCUAUCAAGUUCUACCGCCUGGCUAUGCAGCUUGUGCCCGAUAUCGAAUCAAAGAUCAACUACAGCCACCCUGAAGCUGACCAAGUUGAGGGAAACUACAGGGAGGAGAGGGACGCUGAUGGCGAGAUUGAGGAUCUGGUUGCCUACUUUGAGCAGCAGCUCACUUUGGCAACUUCCUUUCCCAAGAUUUGCCCCCCUGAGGUGGAAAAAUCUCAGGUGCAUCUAUCAGCCUUGCCACGGGAGAUCAUCAUGUACAUAUUUCGUUGGGUCGUGUCGCGCGACCUGGACAUGCGAGCCCUGGAGCAGCUGUCAUUGGUGUGCCGCGGCUUUUACAUUUGUGCAAGGGAUCCGGAGAUUUGGCGUUCGGCCUGUCAAAGAGUGUGGGGACGGAACUGCACCAAGUUGGGACACUUCCUGUCUUGGAGAGAGAUGUUCUUGCAGAGGCCUCGUGUCCGUUUCGAUGGUGUCUACAUCAGCAGGACGUCGUACAUUCGUCAGGGAGAACAAUCUCUGGACGGCUUCUACCGGCCUUGGCACCAUGUCGACUUCUACAGGUACCUGCGCUUUUUCCCUGAUGGCACCGUGCUCAUGCUGACCACACCUGAGGAGCCUCUCUCGAUUGUCCCUCGCUUACGCACUCAAAACGUCAGAAUGGACGCCGUCAAGUUCGGCCACUUCCGUCUGUCCCAGGAGACGGACAACCAAACCAAAGUUUACGCUGUCGUCCGCAAGAGAAAGGAGGAGAAAUCGUCCGAGAUGCAAAAGAAUCGGUUCUGCAGGCGGAACCCCGCCCCGGAGGCCGAGCACACUUUUCACGUGGGACUUCUUCUGUCCUCUGGGGGGCGCCAGAGUUUCAAUAAGCUGGCGUGGAUCCACCAUUCCUGCCACAUCACUUACAAACUGACUGGAGAAACUGUUAUCAGCGCUUUUGACCUUAACAAGAUGUACACGCCUUUCAUCUUCGGACGCGUCAAGAGUUACACCGCAUUCUCAGAUCAGCCACUCUAAGAAACCCGCACGAUCGCCUACAAAGACCACCGGUUCAUGCGUCACUUAAAAAAGCAACGUCAAAACUAAACACGCCUUCACGUGACAAUAACUCAAAUUAUUCUUGUGAUUUUCAGUAAUGUUGCUUAGUGGUUGAGCACUACGUAAUGAGCAGCUCCAGUUCACAUGUUCCCGCCAAUGAAUGUUCAUACUGGUUUUGUCUCACGGUGCACUUUUCUCCUUCAAAUAAAGUGAUGACAUGA